AGCACUACAGGCUUUUAGAGAUACGUAAUUUAAUAACUGUUACUGGUGAGCUGUCAUUGACGUCGAAUGAUCAAGCUAAUUUUUUUAAAAUCUGAAACUAACUAGUAGCAGGUGUCUUCAACCACGCUCAAAGAGUCAGCCAUCCAGCCUUGGUCUUUUUUCUAUUCGAUUUGCGGCAAAACCGAAACGUCUGAGCAAUUAGGCUACUGGUUGAUUUGCAUCUUGUAACAACACUAUUUCAUUGCACACAUGCAGGACACAGCAUCACCAAGAAUCAGAUUCAUUACGCGUUUCACGGAUUUCCAGGAAGACCUAUAACGAAAGAGGCCAGCCAUGGAGGACAGGAGACUUCCCCCUACAGUGCCCUUAGUGGUCAAAACUGAGCCAGACACAGAGACCCGUAGGGUGAGAGAGGAGGAACAGCCUACCAUUCCCAUCAGGGUUAAAAAAGAGGACCUCUCUGAAGUGCCCCUCAAAGUGCCCAGAUUCAAGUACGUGGACUUCCCUUCGCUACACCAGUGCAUCCAGCAGCUCACUGUGCCACCCCUGGACAGCUGGCUGGAAGGCUUUCCCCUGGCUCUGGGAAGACCCUCUGGAGGACACACCCCUGUCACUUCCAAGGAGAGAGUUCCCAAGUUUCGGUAUGUAGAUUAUCCCUCCCUGCACCACUGCAUCCAGCAGCUGUCUGUGCCGCCUCUGGAGAGCUGGAGCUCGGGGUUGGCCAGGUCAGGGUGUGGGGUGACAGGUGGACCUGGAUCCACCAACCCUCAGCCCAGCUCUGUGAGGGAGAAUCAGACAAUACAGGGAGAUGGUUCAGCAUCGGCUCACAAACAGGACAAGUAUACUGCUUUCCCCUUUCCUGGUCCUGACUCCGGCUCCAUCCAGUGUGUGACCUCCUCAAACAAGGCAUCCCAUAAGCCUCAGCGGCUUCAGCUGCGCUUGAGCAGUCCAACCGGAACCAGGCCCGCAUUAAGCUCACAGGGGGAAGAGGCUCGCCAUAAGGUGGUGUGUUCAGAUCAGCUGUCUCAAAAGUUCUCUAAUCCCAAAUCUUGGGUUGCUGGAAUGAAGCGUGUCAGAGGAGCGGGCCCACUCCAUCAGAGCAAUAGGAAGUCAGCUGGUGAUGAUGAAUGGCAUGCAGACCUAAAGAAAACUCCACAAAGUCAUCAAGAGGCCCAAGUAAAGCUAAGUGACUCUCCUGACCUAGGACAAGGGUUUUGGAGAACCAUCCCAGAGUCUGUCUGCCCCUUUUGCCAAAAGAUGUUUUCAGAUCCAGAGGAAUUGCGGAUCCACCAGAAGAGUCACAGAGAAAAGGUGAAUCUGUACUACCCUGAAAAUGUUCUGGAUAUGUGACAAAUCCUUCUUUAACUGAUCAAAUUGUGUAUCAAACAAUGAUGAAUCUUGUCUCAUGUGUGUCAUAUAAUUUCAGAAGCCUCAUUGAUGUCUUGACCAAGGAAAUGUACAGCUGACAACAAUGAACAUCUUAAAAACUGUGCAUCUACUUCAGUACUUGCUACACAGGCGUGGACUAGGGCUGGCUUCUCCACAAAUGAUUGGUCACCUGAUAAGAUUUCCACUGAGGUUGUUUUGAGUGUUCAGUGUUAAUCUUGAUGACCUAAGUGACUGACUAUAAACAAACCACUUUAGCUAAGGGCUUCAUUCAUAAUUCAGUCUAGGAAUUAAGCUCUCAAUGUGAAAAACUGACCUGCAGUGGCUCUUGGUGGUCUUACAACUCCUUAUUUACCUAUGGGUUAAUUUGCCAGGAGGUGGUACACAUUAGAUGAGAUAGAACAAGGAAAUGAGCCAUUUGAUGUUGUUUAAAUUAAAAUGUCAGGAAUUAGAUUGAAAUGCAAUGCAGUGCAUACAUUUUUGUAUUACUGUAGUUGAGAAUUAGACUUUCAUUUAUUUUCCUUAAAAGGGAUGCCAAUGUUUUCCUGUUUACAAGCUGUUCUUGGCAGAAACAUUAAUAAGUGGGGGUAUCAGCACCUUGUUCACUGGAGAUGGCUGCCUGUUCCAAUAUUUCAACAUAAUUAUCUAGAUUUGGGUGCCUAUAAAACCUUUAACUUUUGGCUUAUGCUGCGAAACAACACAUGCUUCUUUAUAAUUUCUUAUCUAAUGUUUUUAUGCUUUGUAUUUUAAUGUUUCUUUUUUACCAUGACAAUUAUAUGUAUAUUAUUGAUUGUAUUGUCUAGAAAUAACUUUAAACUUUUCUUAAACUUUGUUUUAAAUUCUGUGUGCAUUAAAGAUUUUCUAGUAAAGAUGACUCUA